UUGUUGAUUGUGCGAGAUGGUGAGACUGAAGAUCGAAGAAGUAGGCGGCAAUCAUAUUUAUUUUCAUAGAAGUAUCGAUUUCACGUGCUUGUUUGUUCCUCUUAGAUUUAUAAUCGGUGUAAUUUUCAGAACAAAUUGUAACACAUUAAAUCACAAUCUUCAACAAGAGGUCAGGAUGCAUUCUGACGGCGGAAGUGACACCCAGCCCCCCAAAGCAUCAUCUACUAAACUCCCAGUAAAACUUGAGUCUCCUUCGGAAGCUUUAAUUCUACUUCGAAAACAAGUUUUAGUGGAGAAAUUGAUGAAAGAGAAAGUCCCCACGCCGCAUGAAGGAGAUCCUGCUUCUGGUGUCAGAAAAACGGUCAAAGUGGGACCUUCGUCAAUUUUAAGCAGAGUGAAGGAAUUUAUCCCCAUGAUAAAAACGGAGAAUGAAAAAUUGAGACUUCAAGUUGAAGAAAACCCAUCUGCAGUGUCAAUUGAGAAUAACGACGAAGCCAAGUCCAGUACUGAGCCUAUGGUGGAGGUUAAUCUCGCCUUCAUUUCUCAGCAGGAGAUGGAGGACGACAGUGAUGACAGCUCGGAUUCUAUCGUCGACGACCGUAGUGGACACGACCAGGUUUCGUCUCGACGAAGGACUCAUGAAAAAUAUGAUAACGAAGGUGCUUGUGACGAAUCUCCAAGUUCUCGGAAAAAAGACGCCGAGGAGAAAAAGCUCGUGAAAUUAAUUGAAGAAAUUGACAAAGACAAGAAAAAUCAAGAAAGUUGAUAAUGUUUAUAGACCAUAAAUGACAAUCACAUAUGUUACUUAUGAUUUGUGGGGAGAACAUAAUUUAUGUCGAGUAAUGGUGCAUAUAGUUAAAAAAAUUAAGUAAAUGACAAGUGAUAUUUUUCUAAUCAA